UGGCUGCGUGUCUCUUGAGAGUCUCUUAUUCUGCCGCUAAGAGGCUUUUUUGCGACCUAACCCGUUGCCGGUGUCUAAGCCCCUUCGUGCUCGCUUGGUCGUCGAUCUUCCCAUCUCCUUCCGAUCCGCCGCUCUCCAUCUUGACCGUUAGAUCCGAUCCGUUCUUCCAACAACUCGCAUUCCGGAACCCACCACCAUCCCGGCUUCGACUCGUUACGAACCGGACCUCCUUAUAUCGGAUCGGCGAAACCGACCAUGGCGGCGUACUUAGCGGCAAGGCUCUUGGCCCGAUCGGCCAAUAGAAACGCCGGCAGCGCUAUCGCUAGCUUCUCCACGUCAGCAGCUGCGCAAAGCUUCAUGCAGAGGGCUCUGCCUGAGUCAGCAGAAGUGGCUGCUGCAUCACCAGCAGCAUCUGUCGCAUCGUCCAUCAUGCGACGAUGGACCAACGGCGCGCGAGCCUUCAGUUCGGCAGCAGGCGGCGAUGUGAUCGGUAUCGAUCUCGGCACCACCAACUCCUGCGUCGCUGUUAUGGAGGGCAAGACUCCCCGUGUCAUUGAGAACGCGGAAGGCGCCCGUACAACCCCCUCCGUCGUGGCCUUCACGCCCAAGGGCGAGAGACUCGUGGGCACGCCGGCGAAGCGACAGGCGGUGACGAACCCCACCAACACGCUGUUCGGCACCAAGAGGCUGAUCGGGCGGCAGUUCGACGACCCCCAGACACAGAAGGAGGCGAAGAUGGUGCCGUACAACAUCGUGCGGGCUCCCAAUGGGGACGCGUGGGUGGAGGCGGGCGGACAGAAGUACUCUCCAAGUCAGGUUGGAGCUUUUGUCCUCGGCAAGAUGAAGGAAACCGCCGAAGCCUACCUGGGCCGCCCUGUGUCCAAGGCAGUGAUCACAGUGCCCGCAUACUUCAACGACGCGCAGCGGCAGGCGACGAAAGAUGCGGGGCGGAUUGCAGGGCUGGACGUGCUACGGAUUAUCAAUGAGCCCACGGCUGCCAGCCUGUCGUACGGCAUGGACCGCAAGGAGGGGCUCGUGGCCGUGUUCGAUCUCGGAGGAGGCACGUUCGAUAUCUCCAUUCUGGAGAUUUCUGGAGGCGUGUUCGAGGUCAAGGCGACCAACGGCGACACCUUCCUGGGAGGAGAGGACUUCGACAACGCCCUUUUGCAGCACCUAGUGGACGAGUUCCGCAAGGAGCAGGGCAUCGACCUCACCAAGGACCGCCUGGCGCUGCAGCGGCUGAGGGAGGCGGCUGAGAAGGCCAAGUGCGAGCUGAGCAGCACCAGCCAGACGGACAUCAACAUCCCCUUCAUCACCGCGGAUGCUACUGGGGCUAAGCAUCUCAGCUUCACACUGACCCGCUCCAAGUUUGAGACUCUGGUCAAUCCUCUAGUGGAGCGCACCCGCCAGCCGUGCAAGGACUGCUUGAGAGAUGCGGGUAUCUCAGCCAAGGACAUCACCGAGGUCAUCCUGGUGGGCGGCAUGAGCCGCAUGCCCAAGGUGCAGGAGGUGGUGCAGGAGAUCUUCGGGCGGCAGCCAUCCAAGAACGUGAAUCCGGACGAGUGCGUGGCGAUGGGCGCCGCCAUCCAGGGCGGCGUGCUGCGGGGCGACGUGAAGGACAUUCUGCUGCUGGACGUGACGCCGCUGUCGCUGGGAAUUGAGACUCUUGGAGGUGUCUUCACCCGCCUGAUCAACCGCAACACCACGAUCCCCACGAAGAAGAGCCAGGUGUUCUCCACAGCAGCGGACGGGCAGACACAGGUGGGCAUCAAGGUGCUGCAGGGCGAGCGCGAGAUGGCGGCGGACAACAAGCUGCUGGGGCAGUUCGACCUCGUUGGCAUCCCCCCGGCGCCCCGCGGAAUGCCGCAGAUCGAGGUCACCUUUGACAUCGAUGCUAAUGGCAUUGUGCAUGUGGGCGCCAAGGACAAGGCGACCAACAAGGAGCAGGCCAUCACCAUCCAGUCGUCUGGUGGGCUCUCGGACUCUGACAUCGAUCGCAUGGUGCGGGAGGCGGAGCAGUACGCAGGGAAGGACAAGGAAAGAAAGGCUCUGAUCGAGGCGAGGAACGACGCGGACACCACCAUGUACUCCGUUGAGCGGUCGCUGAACGAGCACAAGGAGAAGCUGCCCUCUGAUGUGGUGGAGGCUGUGCAAGCGGCCAUUGCCGAUCUCAAGGGGUCGUUGGAGAAGGAUAAUCUGGAGGAGAUCCGGGAGAAGAUCUCUGCCGCCCAGCAGGCAUCACUCAAGAUUGGCGAGGCCUUGUCUAGGCAAGCGGGCGGCGGCAGCUCGUCUUCUUCUGGGGGGUCGACCGGAGGAGCCCAGGAAGCGGAGUAUGAGGAGAAGAAGUAGAGGGACAUAUGCGGAGUCUAAUUCUCAAGUAGUAGUUCGAGUUCGAUGCAUAAAACUCUUUGGCCCUUGGGAAGGCCAAGAUCACGAAAUAGGUGUGAGGCAUUCAUGCUGUUUAAUUGCUGUAACUGGUAUCCAGUCAUGUACUGCUGUGAGCAUUUGGGCUGGGGUGUUGCAUUGAAGUUAUGUGGAAGAAAAUCAAUAUGCUAUGCUCACUUGUCAUAGAAUGGUGAAGGAUGAUGCUUCACUCAAAAUAUUACUGAGUCAAAGCUGCAGUGAUUCAAGAGUGCAGCGCAUAGCGGAGUUUUCUGGUUUGAG